UCGACCAAAAGCCCAGCUGUCGCCGCCAUGGGUAUUUGCAACUCGACAUGCUGCGGAGGGCGAGCCCGCGAUGGCCUCUACGAGCCCGCCCUCGCUGAUAGCGAGCGAGAGGCAGUCGCCGACCUUCUUCAGUACCUCGAAAACCGCGGCGAGACCGACUUCUUCUCUGGCGAACCGCUCCGAGCCUUGAGCACGCUGGUUUUUUCGGAAAACAUCGAUCUACAGCGCAGCGCCAGUUUGACGUUUGCCGAAAUCACAGAACGAGAUGUCCGCGAGGUCGAUCGCGAUACUCUGGAGCCCAUCCUGUUUCUGCUGCAGAGCCCCGAUAUCGAGGUCCAGAGAGCUGCCAGUGCGGCCCUUGGCAAUCUCGCCGUCAACACCGAGAACAAGGUGCUUAUUGUCCAGCUCGGUGGCCUGACGCCUCUGAUCCGCCAAAUGCUCUCGCCAAAUGUCGAGGUUCAGUGCAACGCCGUGGGAUGCAUUACAAACUUGGCUACGCACGAGGAGAACAAGGCCAAGAUUGCCCGGUCAGGGGCUUUGGGCCCCUUGACUCGACUGGCCAAGUCAAAGGACAUGCGAGUUCAAAGGAAUGCCACCGGUGCCCUUCUCAACAUGACACAUUCUGACGAGAACCGGCAACAGCUGGUCAACGCCGGCGCCAUCCCCGUGCUUGUCCAGCUCCUGUCUUCCCCAGAUGUCGACGUCCAAUACUAUUGUACGACCGCCCUGAGUAACAUUGCCGUCGAUUCCAACAACCGGCGGAAACUGGCCUCCUCAGAACCCAAGCUUGUCCAGUCCCUGGUGAACCUCAUGGACUCUUCCUCGCCCAAGGUUCAAUGCCAGGCCGCCUUGGCCCUCCGCAACUUGGCAUCCGACGAAAAGUACCAGCUGGACAUUGUCCGAGCCAACGGCCUCCACCCCUUGCUUCGCCUCCUUCAGUCAUCUUACCUUCCUCUCAUCCUCUCCGCCGUCGCCUGCAUUCGCAACAUUUCCAUCCACCCUCUGAACGAGUCUCCCAUCAUCGAGGCAAACUUCUUGAAGCCCCUGGUGGACCUCUUGGGCUCUACCGACAACGAAGAAAUCCAGUGCCACGCCAUCUCGACGCUGCGAAACUUGGCCGCUAGUUCGGAUCGCAACAAGGCGUUGGUGUUGGAAGCGGGAGCUGUGCAAAAGUGCAAGCAGCUGGUGCUGGAUGUCCCUGUUACUGUUCAGUCCGAGAUGACGGCCGCCAUCGCCGUUCUCGCCCUCAGCGACGACCUCAAGUCUCACCUGUUGAACCUUGGCGUAUGCGACGUCUUGAUUCCUCUGACUCACUCGGAGAGCAUCGAGGUGCAGGGCAACAGCGCUGCUGCCUUGGGUAACCUCUCAUCCAAAGUCGGCGACUACUCCAUUUUCGUCCAGAACUGGAAUGAGCCCAACGGCGGUGUCCACGGGUACCUGUGCCGCUUCCUCCAGUCCGGUGACGCCACCUUCCAGCACAUUGCCGUGUGGACGUUGCUGCAGCUGUUCGAGUCUGAAGACAAGACCCUGAUUGGCCAAAUUGGAAAGGCUGACGACAUCAUCGAAAACAUUCGACUCAUUGCCAACCGCCAGGUUGCCGAUCCUGAGGCCGAAGAGGAGGACGAAGGCGAGGUCAUCAACCUGGCCCAGCGAUGCCUCGAGCUCCUGGGCCAGAGCGGCGGAUCCAAAGCGCACAUUGAGGGCUAAAUGCCUUUGCAACCCUCAACAACGAUUGGCAUAUAAUCUGCAAGUGUCGCUUUGAAACCGUGAACUGGGUUGCGAGGAGGAUUAGCGCGGCAUGGCGAAGGCGACGGUGUUUUAGGCGUCUCAAGCUUUGUUCCAGAUCAAGCCACGAGGGUCGCUGCCUUCCCACCCAAGCUUCCAAGUCAGUUGGGAAGAGGCCUUUUGCCCUCGCAUCCUCUAUUUUUUGUUUCUGCGGGCUUUGGUCUUCGAUUUUUCGUUUUGAUAACACUUUUUUUUACUUCCCCGCUCAGCGAAGAAUUCCCGAGGACGUGCUAUUUCAGGAGAGUCCCCCUUUCUUUCUUUUUUUAUGCCAGCCGAAGAGAGAGCCUUUUCCGAGGGACUGGGAGGACAAAGUGCCAUGUCCCAAAGAUGCAGACAUCGGCUUUUUUUUAUUAUUCACUUAUGUUUUUCCCCCCCCUCCCCCCCUUUCUUUUGUACAAAACAUAUUACGCAGCCAAUGACUGCGACUCGUUCCGCAUGCCUAUUGGAAUGAAAGUAGAGACAAGGAUGAUGACGGCGGACUUGAGUGGUUCGGGCACGAGCAAAAGCAGAUGUAAUUAGACAAGGAUAUUUGACAUGCUUGACACGC